GUAGAAGGUAGCAAGCCCAGCAGCUAGCGAAAGGAGCUCUCGACUGAUCGGGGCCGUGGACGAUGGGGAGGCCGCCGUGCUGCGACAAGGUCGGGAUCAAGAAGGGUCCAUGGACGCCGGAGGAGGACAUCAUCCUCGUCUCCUACAUCCAGGAGCACGGCCCCGGCAACUGGAGGUCGGUGCCCAUCAACACCGGCCUCAUGCGGUGCAGCAAGAGCUGCCGCCUCCGCUGGACCAACUACCUCCGCCCUGGGAUCAGGCGCGGAAACUUCACCCCCAACGAGGAAGGCAUCAUCAUCCACCUCCAAUCCUUGCUAGGCAACAGAUGGGCGGCCAUAGCGUCUUACCUCCCGCAGAGGACGGACAACGACAUCAAGAACUACUGGAAUACCCACCUCAAGAAGAAGCUCAAGAAGCACCAAGCCAUCGGCGCCAUCUUCGCGCCACCUCCCUCCUCUCAUCUAUCAACCACCCUGCCCACAGCCGCCGACCAUGUCAAUCACCACCACCACUUGAUCACUACUACUGCCGUCUCCAAUGACAGCAACGUCCGGGCAGCCGGCAGUAACCCAGCCGAGGUAACCCAGCUCAUCGCUCGGCGGUCGCCGUUCGCCGCCCCGGCCUCCCUCGACGCCUCCAGCUCCUCGUCGUCGUACGCCUCCAGCAUGGACAAUAUAUCCAAGCUGCUCAAUGGGUUCAUGAAGAGUUCCCCGCCGCAGAAUGACGUUGCCGACAUCAAGCCCUCGGCCGCCGAGGUCAACCCUUUGCUGUCCUUCGAACACAUGCCCGGUAGUGCGCUACCGGCCUUCGCCAACGUGCUGCUGCCACAGCCAGUGUUGAUGGAACACGGCAGUUACCACGAGCCCGAGCAGCAGCAACAGCAGGCACAGGCAGCGCCGCUGUCUUCGAUCGAGAAGUGGCUGUUGGACGAGACCGCCGAGCAGGUCGUCGACCUGAUGGAUCUUUCCGAUGGCUGCUGCUCAGUUCCAAUGAUGUUUUAGCUCAAAGAAAGAAGAAGAGCAUAUGAUAGCCCCUCGGAUACACGUCAGUUAGAUAGGUUAAUUAGUUGGUGCAACUUACUUUUAGAAGAAAGCUAUAUAUAUGUUGCAUGCAUAAAUGAGACAAGAACAAUGCAUACAUACUGGUUAAACUCCCGAAUGAGCCACUGCCAUCUAGUUAGAGAGACUUAUAGUAGAUCUGACAGUCCCAUCAAAAGUCAGAAGAAUAAGAGACAGUAACAGGAAUAAGCAAGUCUUGUAAGUUGUAAGUGUGACCAUAUGACAUGUAAGCAUGAUGUAAUUAACGUGUUUUGUGCUUCAGAU